GCUCGCUUCAAAUCUCGGACCACCCCCUCCCUUCCUCCCCACCAGCAACACAAACGCUACAUUGAGCAGAGGAAACGGAAAAGACGAAACAUACGCGAAGACGGAUUUUGUUUUUUUUUUUUUUAAUCCCUCGUGCAGAGUUGGUUCUUUUUCUCAGAUCUCUUAUUCUAAGGGGUGCUCGUUUGUUCGAUUUUUUUGGGCGGAGGGGGGGGGGGGAGAAGUUGCCAGCUGUCAGCAGCUGGCAGAAAGCACCCGCCCUGCUCGGGAACACAAGACACUCGGAAGAGGAGGAGUAAGAAGGGGUUGACAGAACGAGAACGAGGGGAAAGAGGGAGACAUGGCACCCCAGCCCCAACCAGGGCAGUCCCAGGUGAGGCAGCACAUGGCCAAGUUCCUCCGGAGUUUCCCGGGGGUCGCCCGCCUGCUGCAGAUCGUCUUCGGCGCCGGCCUGUGGGUCACCAUAGCGGCCAACAAGUACGAGGGCUCCAUCCAUUUCGUGCUGUUCGUGGCGGUCCUCUUCUGGCUCCUGUGUCUGGGCCUCUUCUUCGUCUCGCUGCUGGACAAGCAGGACGCCGUGCCCGUGCUCGGUGGCCCCCGCUGGCUGAGCGCCAACCUGGCGCACGACGUGGCCGCCGCCGCGCUCUACUUGCCGGCCGUGGGGGUCAUGGUCUACAAGACGGAUCGCAAUUCGUACUGCAACCUGGAGCAGUACAAGCACUUCUGCUUGUACAAGGUCUACCUGACGGCCUCGGUGUUCGCCUGCCUGUGCUGCCUGGCCUUCCUGCUCUCGGUGGUCUACGGUGCCUGCAGGAAGAGCCGAGGGGAGCAGACGCUCAUCUGAGGGUAGCAACUUACUCUUUAUUUCCUAUUUUUAUAUAUAUAUAUAUAUAUAUCUAAACCACAGCAAGAUGAGGAAGAGUUAACUUCACUGUAUUUUCUUUUAAUCCAACAAAUGCAGAUAUCUAUUUAAACACACGAGUGUCAAACUCAUUUUUGUCACUGGUCAAAUUGUCAUUAAUGCUUUCCCUCUGAGACUCUACUGACUGUGGAACCGCGUGAAAUAUAUAAUCACACGCGUCAUAUACCGUACAGUGGAACCUCGGAUUUACUGUGCUCGACUUUUUCUAGAAUUUGGUCUUCUAUGACGUUUUUGUGCAUUCUAAACGCACCUGCUCGACUGUCUCCCGCCUAUUUUCCCCAUUUUAAAAUCCAUUAUUAAAAGUGAAGGCCCUUUGAAAUGUUGGUCCGGAAUCAAGUAAAUGAUUUUCACGGGCCACCCAAAAUGACAUGGCAGGCCAGAUCUGGCCCGCGGGCCUUGCGUUGGACACCCGCGAUUCCACAUAAGGGGUGAGGAAAAUUAUUUAAAUUAUGUUAACAAAUAAACUGCAUAUCAUGCACGUUGUUGCAUUAAUUUAAUUAAUUAAUUUGCCCAAUCUUUUUUACUUUCUUUCUUUUAUUUUAUUUUUUUAUGGGGGAUCCAACACCAAAAAUGCUCAAUAGUAGUUUAUCCCCACUCAUUGUAUAACGUUUGGGUGUCUUACAAUAUAUAUAUUUUUUCCAAUAGAAUUAUAAUGGCCGUCAAUUAUCAAUAUUCAAGCACGGGUCCACUGUAUUUAUGUUUGCCUUUAAAGGGCGUGGUCAAGUGAGUGAUGUCAGCAACCGGAUUCCUUGCCAUUUGUCCAAUUCAAUAAAACGAGGGGGAAAAAACAUAUUUCUCUCUCGAUUUUAAGGUGCUUAUACAUCCACAAGUGGAUUGUUUUCAUGAUUCUAAAAGAGAAUAUUACUUUUUUUUUCUUUUUUUUGGGGGGGGGGUCAGGCAUCAACUACAGGGGUCCUCGGUUUAUGGGAUUCUGUUGCCAUGGAGGCGAUAUACCCUGAUACAAAUAUGAGGGUAACUGAGUGUGGCUUAUCGUGACGUGUUCCAAUUUAUUACACCAA